CUGCCAAACGAGUCCUUAUCCUAUCGCAAAAGGGUGACUGGCCAGCAUGUGAGCAAGCACUCAAAGGUUUGGAGAGAGCCUUUGCUGAUGGGGGCGAGAAACUACCCCUGGCCAACGUACACGACAAUGUAACUGGAAACACGCCAUUGAUGUAUGCCGCAAUGGAGAAUAAGACGUCUUUGAUAGAGAGGAUGCUUGACCUGGGGUGCGAUAUCAACGCUAAGAACAAGGAAAGAUACACCACAUUACAUUUGGCCUCCAUGUACUCAAGAGAGGAUACCAUCAAACUCCUUCUCUCCAAAAGGGCGGAUCCAGCAUUGGCUGGCGGGCCCAAGAACCAGAGUUGCGUCCACUUGGUUUGCUCUCGUCCUACCUCUCAAGCAUUGCAAAUUCUCAGGGCGCUUUUGACGGUGGCACCAAAAAACGCCAGAACAAAGCCAGACACGGAUGGAAAUAUACCCCUGUUCGCAGCUAUUGAGGCCGGCAACUUGCACGUUUGUCGGGAGCUUUUGUCUCACGAGGCUGAAACACAAAUUAAAUACGCCAAGGAGCCCCUCAAGGACACGGCUCUGCACUUGGCUGGACGAAGAAAAGAUAAUGACAUGGUGAAAAUGUUCAUUGAGGCUGGGGGAACGGUGGACGCUAAAAAUGGAGAUGGGCAAACACUGCUUCAUAUUGCGGCUCAAAAUGGCGAUGAGAACAUGACCCGCACACUUUAUUUGGCUAGAGCCAACGCCACCAUCACCGACAACGAAGAUCGCACUCCCAUGCAUUUGGCUGCGGAACGUGGUCAUACGGGCACUGUGGAGUUCCUGGCCGACAAGUUCAAAGCGUCGGUCUUUGACCGUACCAAGGACGGAUCUACUCUCAUGCACAUAGCAGCCUUGAACGGUCAUCCAGACACAGCCAUGGUUCUAUUCAAAAAGGGCGUGCCCCUUCUCAUGCCCAACCGAGAUGGAGCUCGUGGGAUUCACACGGCCGCAAUGAAGGGUCACGUUUCAGUUAUCAAUACUCUACUUCACAAAGGAGAGAACGUGGAUGCUGUCACCAACGAUAAUUAUACCGCACUUCACUUGGCCGUAGAGGCCGGAAAGUCGAAUGUGGUGGAGACACUUUUGGGCCAUGGAGCUCAAGUGCAUAUCAAAGGUGGGAAAGUGGGGGAGACCCCACUUCAUAUAGCCUCUCGGAUUGAAGAGGUCCGCGGUGAGAAAUGCACCAAGAUGUUGCUCAAAUCCGGAGCUGAUACGAAUUUGGCCAUGCAAGAUGGACGCACCCCGGUUCAUAUCGCCUCAGAAAGUGGGAACAUUGCGGUUUUGAAGCUCCUCCUGGCAAAUGGAGCCGACCCAUUGAUGACGGAUAAGAGUGGGGAAACUGCACUUCACAAAUCUGCUCGUCGAUGCCAUUUUGCAGCGGUUGAGGAGGUUUUGACUUACGUCGAAAAGAAACAAGGAAAUUGUAAAGAAUAUGUGAAAAUGACCAACAGAAGCGGGGAGCCUGCCCUUCAUUUGGCAGCGAAGAUCCAAAAGAGCCAGUUACACUUUCCCGAUGAGGACGCAAAAGUGAUUGAUCUGCUCAUGCAACAUGGAUCCGAUGUUUUUAUGCAGACGAAGGAGACCAAAGAGACAGUCUUCCAUUACUGUGCUUUGGAGGGAAAUGUUUCUGUUCUCCGUGAAAUCUUGAAGAAUCUUCAUUCGGGGCAAAUCCAAUUGGCCGUGAAUAAGCAAUCAGUCAACGGAUGGUCUCCUCUCAUUGUAGCAGCCAGCAAAGGCCACACCGAAGUUGCCAUGAUAUUUCUUGAAAAUAACGGAAGAGUGGAUGUCUUCGACCUGGAGGGAAAAUCAGCCUUGCAUUUGGCCGCCGAGAAUGGCAGUAUUGAAGUUUGCGAAGCACUCCUUACCCGGAAUGCUUUCAUUAACAGCAAGACUAAGACUGGGUGGACAAGUUUGCAUUAUGCCGCCAUGAAAGGCUACACCCCCCUGGUGGAGUUCCUCAUCAAGAAGCAUAAUGCCACCAUUGACUCCAUGACAAUUAAAAAACAAACUCCUUUGCAUCUGGCUGCAUCCGCUGGUCAAGAAUCAGUGUGUGCCCUUCUUCUGGAAUUGGGGGCCAGCCUUGAUUCCACAGAUGAUUAUGGCCAAAAGCCGAUUCAUUUGGCUGCCCAGUCGAACAAAUCCGAGGUUGUUAAGCUAUUUUUGAAGCAAAGGCCUCAACUGGUAUCUGUCACGACACGGGAUGGAAGCACUUGCGCCCAUAUUGCAGCCAUCAAAGGGUCCGUUUCCGUGUUGGAGGAACUGAUGAAAUUUGACAAGGCCGUGGUCAUUUCAUCUCGCAACAAGAUCACGGAUUCCACACCGCUUCACAUCGCCACAGAAGGGGGUCAUUAUGACGUGGUCAAAAUGCUAAUGGAUUCGGGAGCAUCAGCAUCAGAUGAAAAUAAGAGUGGCUAUACUCCGAUGCACAUUGCGGCCAAGCACGGCCAUUUGGAACUGAUCAACAAAUUUGCCAAAAGCAAUGUGAAUUUAAGGCAGCUCAGCCGAAAAACAGGGCUGUCAGCCUUGCACAUAGCUUCUUACUACGGCAAAGAAGACACGGUUCGCGAGUUACUUACCCACGUGCCUGCUAGCUCCAAGUCCGAGUUACCCGCAACUCCAAACCACGCCAUCGCCUUGGAUCUGGCCACGGAGUCUGACCUUACGCCAUUGCAUUUGGCGGCAUAUUCUGGAAGCGAGAACGUGGUGCGAGCUCUUCUCAACUCGUCGGGCGUCCAGGUCGAUGCGGGUACAAAACCAUCGCAAUAUACGGCCUUGCAUUUGGCCUCGCUCCGAGGUCAUGUUGGCGUGGUCGGGUUACUUUUAAGUCGUUCUACCAGUCUCCUCAAGGUCUUUGACAAGUAUGGACAGAGUUGUCUGCACGUGGCCGCCAGUUCGGGUCAUUAUGAGAUGGUACAAGUCCUUCUGGGCCAGGGAUCCGAUUACACAUCGGUAGACAAGGAUGGUUGGACGCCAAUGCAUUCUGCAGCCAAAGCUGGUUUCUUAAAUGUGGUCAAGCUAUUGGUGGAUAGCGGAGCAUCCACCUUAGCCGAGACAGCCAAUGGAAGGAUUCCAUUGUGGUAUGCCGCAUCCGAAGGCAAUGUGAAUGUCGUUACGUACCUUAUCACACAGAAGCACGAUUCCUAUAGUCUUCUUGAUGACCGAAAAUUCAUUUUUAAUCUGAUGAGUUGUGGGAAAAAAUCUAACAAUGCCCCAACAGAAAACUUCAUUCUGGCCUCUCCAGCUCCCGUGGACGUAGCUGCCAAGAUUUCGGCAUAUUAUCGGGACCUUUCCAUCAAAGAAAAAGAGCGGGCUUACGACUUGGUAGUGGCCUCCAAGUUCUCUGAGGAGCUCUGUAACGAGUUGGUAACCAUCGGAAGUAGUGCCGAGAGUCCGGGGCUCAUCUUACAGUCUUGUGAUCGUCGAACGGUCCCCUUUCUGGACAUUCUCAUUGAGUGUGAACUGAAACAAGUAAUCGCCAAUUCCGCCGUGCAAACCUAUACAACUGAGCUCUGGAAAGGAGGUAUUGAAGACUGGCCGGGGUGGAGGAUUUUUCUCCUUAUGUUGGGAUUCGUCGUGUUCCCACCUUUGUGGCUGAUUUUCUCCCUCCCUUUGAACAACAAGUACAACAAAACGCCCAUCGUCAAGUUUGGAUGUUAUCUCACUUCUCAUUUGUUCUUCAUGGCAUUCCAAAUCAUAACUGCUUGUGUCCCCAUCUACCCGAUUUACCGGACCACUCUUUUCCCCUAUUGGAACGAAUGGGUGUGUGUGAUCUGGCUGGGUGGGUUGAUUCUAGGCGAGUUGACCUCGCCUCAGGAUCGGGGAGGCUUGGGAAUGAUCAAGAUUGUCAUCAUCUUCUUGAAUGUUGUCGCAGUUGGCAUUCAUGUGGCUGCGAUAUUUGUGGAUAACAGUCAUUGGCCGUUGCUGAUUUACAUCCGCAACCUUUUCAUCGGUUUGUCGUUCUUGUGUUGCUGCGUCCAAAUCUUGGAUUUCUUGUCAUUCCACCAUCUUUUCGGCCCUUGGGCCAUCAUUAUCAGUAGUCUCAUGAUUGAUCUGGGCAAGUUUCUCACCAUAUUGAUGCUCUUCGAAUCUGGCUUCACCAUGUUGGUCGUGGCUAUGAAUCAGCCCUACUUUGCCAUCACCGAAAUGUCUCAGAGCAUCGAUCAGACCACGGAUGUUUUAAAAAGCAGCCCAGAAGCCGAUGUAACGCCACUUCAUGCAUUUGAGAGGCUUUUCUUCGCUCUGUUUGGCCUGACCCGACCGGAGGAUCUUAAGAUGACCACACACAUCGGGGAAUGGACCGUAGAAAUAUUCAAGAUCAUUUUCGCCAUCUACCUUCUCGUGACCGUGAUUGUGUUGAUCAACUUGCUCAUUGCUAUGAUGAGUGAUACGUACCAACGUAUUCAACAGGAUUCGGACACGGAGUGGAAGUUUGGCUUGGCCAAGCUCAUUCGAAACAUGCACCGUACGGAUGCCUCGCCAGCACCCAUCAACCUGAUUACCACCUGGACCGUUUAUAUCUACAGAGCUUGCAAGAGGAGCAUGAAAAAGAAGGACAAGUACAAACGAAUGAAACCAGAAGCCACCUCAAGAAUGACGGACGUCGUUGAUAACGCAUCCCUCAAGAGACAUCUCAAGCUUGGCAAAGUCUCGCCCUAUCCUGACGGCCUAUCCCCAUCUGAAAAUGGCAACCUCCCCAUGGGUUCCUUGAGUAGUAUGAGAAGUCGAACUUUCUUGGAGAAUGCCAUCGGUUGGACUGCAAUUGUGAAGAAAUAUCGAAGCUUGAAAGAAGCCCCGAAAGGAUUGGACGAAUUGAAGAGUGACACAGGAUCCCCUGCUCCUCCAGCCCCAGUUUUCUCAGACUCGAUAACCGAUGGUUAAACAUUCGGACUGAUCUUUUGUAUUCAGGUUAUUUUUGCAUGUGAUUAUUCCACAGAUAUUCCAGGAAUGAGGGGGGGAGGGCAUUUUUCUUAUGCAAGGGUAACUUACUUCAUAUUCCUUGACACCAUCACCAUCUGAGUGAAAAUGAAAAUGAACAAACUUAGCUAGCCCAGUUUUUGUUAGGAUAUUCCUGUCAAAGCACAAUGAUGUUUUAAAUACCUACCGCACUGGACAUUGAAUUCAAUGAAAUGGCUAUAAUGUGACUUUCCUUACCUAUACUACUUAAUGUAUUACGUGUUGCCGACUUUAGUUGAAAGUACGUAUUUAAGUCCAUAUUAGUUAUUCACGAAGAAAUACAUAUUUUGCUCUAAGGCAUUUGAACUGAA